GGAACGUCAGUUGUCGUGAAUCAAUGAUUAAUGAAGCAAUGCGUCGAUUUUUUAAGGUGGCAAUUUCCUUUUAAGUAGCCUACAGUGAUGAAUUCUCUUCUCAUGACAAGUCGGACACAGAACAAAUCGCCCAAACAUCCCAGUAUUGCCAUACAAAAUGAAGGAGACCGUCAGUCCCGGUGGAAGGUCGGCGUGAUUGUCUCCAGCUGCUAUGACGCGGCCGGCGACCGGCGGAGUCGUGACGAGGGCCAACUGGUGACCGGCUCAUCAGCGGCUAAUGAGCGCGGCACAGGUGCCGAGAGGACGGGGAGGUGGUCCGGGGACCCUGUGCGACACAGACGGCCGGCACCGCGCCGCGGCCGGCCACGGACUCGACCCCUACCGCCAACAUGGGAAAAGGACGCCAGGUGCUUGGCUCUCUGGCCGCCAACGGCUUUCUGCUGGCCUACGGCCUGCAGGAGGGGUACACGACGCCGGCGCUGCCGCAGCUCCGGCAGGCCGGCUCCGGGCUGGCCGUCAGCGACGAGGACGCCUCCUGGAUCGGCAGCAUCUUCCUCCUGGGGAUUGCUAUCGGAACGCCGCUGCAGGGCCCGAUGCUGGCUCUCGGUCGACGUCGCUCGCUGAUGUUUGUCUCUCCGGUGAUGUGUCUGGGCUCGCUGCUCAUCACGUUCCCCAACAGCGUGGCUAUGCUGCUGGCCGGCCGCUUCGUGAACGGCGUGUGCAUGGGCUCGGUGCUGCCAAUGCCGCACAUCUUCAUCAGCGAGACGGUGGCGCCCGAGCUGCGCGGUGCGCUCGUCGGCGCCGGCAUGUUCGGCAUCAACAUCGGACUCAUCACCGUGUACAGCCUGGGAUUGGCGCUCAGCUGGCAGCAGAUCGGCGGCUUCAUCGCCGCCUUCUACGGCCUGUACCCGCUGCUACUGUGGCCGCUGCCCGAGACGCCCAACUGGCUGGCCACGCACGGCCGUGACCAGGAGGCGCGGCGCUCGCUGCUCUUCUACUCUGGCGACGCCGCCGGCGCCGAGACCGAGCUGGCGCGCAUCAAAGAGCGCAGCACGGCGCACAACCCGGACCUGCCGCCGGUGUCGGAGCUGCGCAGACGCGCCUUCUACCUGCCGCUUCUCGUCAGCGUUACCGUCACACUAUGUAAGGCCACCUCUGGCACGCCGGCCAUCCACCUCUACAGCUACGACAUGUUUGUGGCGGUCGGCGGUAGCGCCGAUCCUCUCCAGGCCUCCGUGGUGAGCACGGCGCUCAGCUCGGUCGGCUCUGUACUGGCGUUUGUCCUCAUGGACCGCGCCGGUCGCCGGCCGCUAUUCCUCCUCGCCAUGCUGACCUGUGGUAUCUGCUGGGUGGCCAUCGGCUCCGCGGCGCUGCUCGUGAGUGACCCCAUCGCCACCGACUGGGUGGCCAUCCUCGGCUUCUCCGUGGCGCUGUUUGUCUACAACAUCGGCAUCGGCCCGGUCGGCAUGGUAAUCAUGGGGGAGAUGAUCCCGCUGCGAUACCGUACCAUCAUAUCGCCCCUCCAGUCCAUGAUCAUGUGGAUCGCCAGCUUCGCCGUCGGCAAGACCUUCUUCCAGCUGCGCGACGCGCUCAACUUCUUCGGGUUAUGUUUCUUGUACGCCAGCACAUGCGCGCUGUUUGCCGUACUCGGUUUCCUUCUGGUACCAGAGACAAAAGGUAAGACGCUCUCUGAGAUUGAGGAGAUGUUUGAACAGGGUACUCUACCGGUUAGCAGGAGAGCCAGCGCCCAUUACGACACCCUCAAAGACGAACCGGAGGAGAAGUCUGCCGUUAACCGCGCGUCCCGACCGCCCGUCUACGGCACGGAGGCACCGUCGUCGCCGCCGCAAGAGCCUAUCUGACGGAGUUUGAGACGGACCAGGGACGCCAUCUUAGGACGGUCAGUCACGUCACACCGGUGACUCAAUGAUGAGCCGGUCACUUUUUGACGUGACCAUUGACCAGUGCUGACUGCACCCUACGAUUGCAACGCUCUUCGUGGCUGAGGGAGUAAGCAAGUCUGCUAUGAGGGUAGAACGGCGGUAGUUAUAUAACAUACAAGUGCAACAAUGACAAUAAGCAUCGCAGUCGGAGCCAUAGCUAUCAGUAUCAUAGCCGUUCAGUUAUUUGAACAGCUGAAGCCUGAGAGUAUCACCUCCUGCUGCCCAAUAGGCAUUUACGAGUGGCGUGGUUAAUGAUUUGCAACUCUGACUGGAAUGAUCUGCCACAAAACAGCGUUCAAUACAAUAUAUUUUGAAUGAAUUAGAGCUAUCUCAUAUAGCAGGAAGCAGUUAGCGGGCAUUUGGUACGAAUACAUGAUGCAUAAUUCCUGAUGCUGGUGUAGGUAACAUUCCCUUAUAAAUGCAUCAGUCACUGCGUCAAGUGUACAAUUACACCCUAAUGUUGCCAAGUUGGCGAAUAACGAAGGGUGGCCACUUUAUAAGAUUGCUCCCUUGAUUACCGACGGCUGAUGCGGACUGCGGUACGCGACUUUGUUACCGGCUGGGUUAGCUGGAAACACCCCCUCAUUGGCGCACAGAGGGUGGCAUCCAGCGACCCCCGACGAGCAUCGGGACGGUACGGUUCGCCCACCGAGCACGUGUAUAAAUAACACUGGCGCGACGAGGAAUGGCAUCAAUCACCACUGUGAACACUGUUCUUUGUAUAGCAUACACACGUUGGGUCGCCCGGGCUAAUGAUAGGCCAUGCAUAUGUGCUAUGGAAUGAGUGAUACUAUAAUAAAUCA